GGUAGAGUCGCUCGUAUCAGUCAGAAACUCACCAAAUCGCUGAAAAUGAAUACAGGCAAGAGUCUGCGUCUCUGUGGAGCUGCAUGCGCAGUUGGACGUACAUGCAUAAUGAAUCAGUCAAUAUCUUCUCUCACGUUCUAGGGGCGUUUCUCUUCCUGAUGUUGCCUUUUUACAUUUUCAGUACUGAGAUUCCGCCUCGCUACAAGGUCGCCACAGCUGCCGACAUUAUCGUUUUUUGUAUUUACUUGCUUGGAGUUGCCACAUGUUUCACAUUCUCAACCAUAUUCCACACCUUUAUGACCCACAGCCAACCUGUCUACAAUCUAGGUGUAAAACUCGACUACCAGGGUAUUCUCCUCCUAAUGUGGGGAUCCACAAUACCUCUUAUAUACUACAGUUUCCCUUGUAGAAACGUUCUACAAGCUUCGUACUGGACUGCUACAACUGCGCUUGCAGGAUUAUGUUCUUUUGCCACGUUUCACCCCUCGAUAGGGGGCCCUUACUUGGGUCAUGUUCGAGCUAUGCUGUUUGGGGCAUUUGGUCUCGGCUCAUUUCUCGUGCCGAUAGCUCAUGGAAUUUUGAUCUAUGGAUUUGCAGAGCAAAGUGCGAAGGUUGGGUUUGCUUGGAUUGGAGUGACUGUUCUGUCCAAUGCAACUGGAGUUUUGGCAUAUGGCUUCAAAGUUCCCGAAACGUGGUAUCCGCGAAAGUUCGAUAUCUUUGGCGCAAGCCACCAGAUCAUGCAUAUAAUGGUGGUGUUCGCUGCCCUGGCUUACACCCUGGCCGUAUUGGCGGCAUUCGACUAUAGACAUAAGUAUAGAAUCAUCUACUAGGGAACACCGAGUUAUAUUAGAGAUUUGAAUUAAGCAGUUCGCACGGUUACAUAGAGCGAGUCCAAUCAAAAUUAUCAGAUACAUCAAAGUAGCAAUCCAUAGAGUCAUCGUCGAGCUACAAUAAAAGCGCAAUUUUGGU